CACAUUCCUUCCUGAAACCCAAAUAGCGACACCUACAUCGCGCACAUAGCAUUCACUGUCACAAAUGCCCGUCAGCAAUUGUUAUAUGCAAUUAUACUUAGGCACUUGCUAUACUUCUCUCAACUUUACUAUGUCGAAAAACUAGCAAGACUGGGUAGCCAGCAACAUGGAAAUUAACGGGAAUGGAGAUGCCGUAGUGGUUGGAAGAGAGCCCCCCCCUACAGAUGAUAGGCGGGACAGGGCUGCUCACCUCAACAUGAACCACUAUGCCAACAAGAAGAGUGCAGCAGAAAGCUUGCUGGAUGUGGCUCUGCUCAUGGCGAAUGCUUCCCAGCUGAAGGCUGUUCUGGAGCAAGGCCCAGCCGUCUCCCUCUACACCCCCCUCAUCACCCUCAUCAGCAUCUCCCUCUGCCUGCAGGUCACUGUGGGGGUUCUGCUCAUCUUCAUCGUACGGUGGAACCUGAAUGAUGAAAGCAAACACUUCAGAUUAAACCUGAUGGAGAACCUGUCCACAUGCAUGGUCUUCAUCAUCAUGGUGGUCAAUGUAUUCAUCACAGCCUUCGGAGUUCAGAGACCGAACGAGAACGGCUAACCCACUUAGAGCUUGACAGCUGACUCUGGUAACCGUGGAAACGCUCAGAAGUCCUAUUUCUGAGACACAGCUUCUCUCACAGAAGAUGUUUGAACUGAUCUAUAUUAUUCUAUAAUGUAUUCUGAUUGCUCCUAUAAAAAACACCUCUCUACUACCCUGUACAGAGCAGAGAUAUUCUCCAAAUGGAAAGAAGAGACAAAGCUAGAAAUGUGUGGCUGACUGUAGCAUUGUCCUCAAGAAUAGAGAAUAGCAGGAAUCUACCUCAGAAGACCAUACACCAUCCACAGAGCCGUAGCUACAUAUAGGCUACCUGAAGUUCAUACCUCAGUAAAAAGAAAAACAUCUGUUCUACCGUUCUACUGUUUAUGAAGGAUUGUCCUCAACAGACUAGACUAGAGAGUUUAGUUACUUUGGCCUAUCUGGUCAUAUUUAGCACAUUUUUACAGUCAGUUCUCCCAAACAAGCCCCUAAGCAAAGAGAGGAGCACCCUCUAGUGUCGUCUUUUGGAAUUUAAUGUUUCCUUGUGUUCGGUUACAUACAUACCUCGUGCUAUGUUUAAUAAAAAGUGUUUAUUGUUAUGAAAGGAAUGUUACAAUCUCGUUGUUUCCUUAAUGUGUUUCAAAUGGUUUAAAAUGCAACUACAAAUGUUCUGGUACAGGUUAAUAAACCUCAUACUUAAUUUCAAAGGAGAGAACUAGUCUGGAUGAUAAAUUGGAGACCAAUUUAGUUUAUUUAUUGAUCAUCCAUGGUUUUCUGAGGACAGUGGAUUUGAGAUCAGUGCUGUGUUCAGGACUCACAUCCCAAAGCUAUCCCCACACCAUCACAAGGCACUCAAUGUUGUAAGUAAGCGAGAAGGUGAGGACAAUUACUCUGUGUACAACAUUCUAUAACUGUGUUCAACGUACAGAAACAGGCAGUAGUGCUGUCGUUCAUACUUGAGGGUGUUGAAACAUUCAUUUGAGGCAUCCAAAGUUACACAGCAGCUUGUUUUGAUGAAAAGUUCAUUUACCAGGCAUACAAGUAAAUGUUUAGCCUUUUCAAGUUACCUAAGAUUCAAUGAAUUUGAUUAAAUAGUGAUACUGACCUGAAAUGUGGUCUCCUAAUGCUCUUUUAUCAGUGGUGUUCAAAUUAGGCCCACGUUAAACUUUAUUAAGAGCAUAGAGACACUGUUUGUUAAAACAAUUAUGUCCAAUAAAUCAAGGUUCAAUUUGAAUCUUUACCGUUGACCAAAUAAGUAAAAUUAUAUUUACAAGUAUGUACAACCUUCAUAAAGUAGCACCUUAGAAUUCCCUCUACUAGUAAGAGUUUGGCAUAGCAAAGUAAUAUGUUUUGCAAAGGGACAUCUUCUCCAUAGUUUUCUUUUAAGCUUGUUUCUUAAAUUGGCUUAUAUUGUUCCGGCUCCAUCAUCGGCGUAUGAUAUGAGAACAUCACUUGCUCCCCUGCUCA